CCCUGCGCAUGAGUAGAUCUCCGCUUGUCCGGCAUUGGUAAUGACAGAUUUAAGGGUGGGGAAAGAUGCCCAGAUCUCCUCACAAUCUAUUGCCAGGUUAACGAGUCAGAUUAACAUCCCUUGUGCCCAAAUAGUCAAGAUGAUUUCGCCCCUCCCCGCACCGAAUCGUAUCGUGACAGGUCACGCAGAUGACGGCUCGUCCACCAUCACAGCUGAAGGCCCAGCCCAAUUUUCUAGAUUAAAUACCGCUUCCUUGACGCAGAUGAGCAUCGCUUGGGACUCACUUUUCCCAUCUCCCUUAUCUGGGGAGGAUACCGGAAAGCCAGGAGGAGGCCUGCCCAUAUACGAUUCGGACAAGACUAGAUUUUGGAUCACCGAUACGCCGCCUCAUGGGCAGUCACCGAUGCACCGCACUGUAUCUCUUGAUUAUGGUAUCUGUAUUGCUGGCGAGUUGACCCUCUUGCUCGACGAUGGUUCAGAGCGGGUAUUAAAGCCUGGGGAUGUCGUUGUGCAGCGCGGCACGAUGCACCAAUGGUUUAACAGGACAGAUCAGUGGUGUAGAAUGGCCUUCAUCUGUUGCGGAGCGAAGGAACCGUUUGUCGUUAACGGCAGCGAGCUCAAGACCGAAUUCCAGUCAUAAGCCAAUCCAUAGCAUAUCUCGAUGCAUCUAGGACGAACGACGGGCA